AUGCAGAAUCAAAAUGCUGCCAUCAAGAAACUGGAGACACAAAUUGGUUAUCUAUUCAAGCAGCUUUCUAACCACAACUUCUGCAAUAAUAACAAUUCAAGCAAAGAGGAGGAAUGUCAAGCUAUAACACUUAGGAGUGGGAAGGAACUUAAGGAACUCUCCCAAAAACCACAAGAAGAAGGCUCAACUGAAAAGGAAGAAGAGCAAGAUGGAGUUCAAACUCCCACUUCAAGUCCACAAAAAGAAAAAGGGAUGCCAAAACUGAACAUCUCAAGAGCUCUAUAUCCUCAGCAAUUGAAGAAAAAGGAAGAUGACAACCAAUUCGUGAGAUUCUUGGAAAUCUUUAAGAAACUACAAAUCAACAUACCCUUUGCUGAAGCAAUAGAACAAAUGCCACUCUAUGCCAAAUUCCUGAAGGAGCUGAUGACUAAGAAGAGAAGCUGGAAGAACAAUGAGACUGUGAUACUAACUGAAGAAUGUAGUGCCGUCAUCCAGCACAAACUACCCCAGAAGUUGAAGGAUUCUGGGAGCUUUCAGAUCCCUUGUAUUAUAGGGGAAAUCACAGUAGAGAAGGCCCUUUGUGACUUAGGAGCCAGCAUCAAUUUGAUGUCAGUAGCAAUGAUGAGGAAGAUGGAGAUCGAGGAGGCUAAACCAACAAAAAUGGCCUUACAACUGGCAGAUCGAUCGUUCAAAUUCCCUCAUGGCAUAGUAGAGGAUUUGUUGGUGAAAGUAGGAGACUUCAUAUUCCCGGCAGAUUUUGUAGUGUUGGACAUGCAGGAGGAAGCCAAAACCUCCAUUAUUCUGGGAAGGCCGUUCUUGGCUACUGCUGGAGCUAUCAUUGAUGUCCAAAAAGGUGAUCUUACCUUGAGAUUACACAAUGAAAAGAUGACAUUCAAUGUGUUCAAGGCAAUGAGUUACCCACCAGAACAAUUAGGGGAACGCAUGAGGAUAGACGCACUUGAAGAAGAAGUCCAGGAGUGUUUCGAAGAAGAAGAGCAUGAAGAGCCCGAGAGAUCAAUGGAGGAGGAGUAUAUACCAAGUGAGGAGGUUGCCACAGCAGAGAGUCACGUUCAAGAUGCACCAAAGGAAGAGACUGAAAAGUCAGAAGCACCCAAGGUUGAACUUAAAGCAUUGCCACCCACUCUCAAAUAUGCAUACCUAGGAGAAAAUGAAAACUACCCAGUGAUUAUAAGCUCGUGCCUCAGCCAAGAUCAAGAGGAUGAACUGCUCAAGGUGCUGUGGGAGCAUAAGGACGCCAUCGGAUGGACCCUUGCUGACCUGAAGGGAAUCAGUUCAGCUAUAUGA